GUAAAUAUUAACUUUGCAGCGAUUGAUUUAUCAGCUAAUUGUGAUCAAGAAUCAGAUCAUAUCAAACUUGGUCGAUGUCUCCGACCAUGGUUAGAUUUAUGGGAAAUGAUUCGAGUCCAAGAAUCGCAUGCAUCAAAUUUUUUAUUCCCGAUUCCAUUUUAUUCGCGGGAAUCUGUGCUAUAUCUUUGUAGUGCUUACCUCGAUAGUCGUUCAACCUGUAUGACCCCUAAAGUUUUAAACAGAUGCAAACAAAAUGAAAUGAUUGCAUUUAUCCAAAGCCAUAUGCAAUAUUAUUGUGGAAAUAAAGCAAAAAUUGCUUUUACAAAAUUUGAAUGCCUUCGAGAUGCUUUGAUAUCAGCUUCAAAAUGUUGGCCACAUCUUGAAGGUGUGCCAUUACCAAGUUAUCAAGCAGGUAAAUGUGAGGUCAUGUCAAAGUUCUUCAACUGUGUUCUACCAACCGUAGAAGAAAAAUGUAAGAGUUCUGCUGUAUAUACCCUCGUUGAUGCUAUUAGUUCAUUUGGAUGCAUAAUUAGAAAUGAAUUGGUGAAGCAGUCAGCAAAAUAUGUGGAGAAAGUAAACAGUACUGGACAAUUAACUGAUAAGUUUGGGCAAAAAUAUAUUCGAGAUGAAUUAUCAGCGGUGCUACCAGCACUUGAUGAAGAAAAACACGGUCAGUAA